ACACAUUUUUUCCUUCUUCUUCUAUUCUUCUCAAAACCCACUGUUUUCUCUCUUUUUCGCCUUUGCCUUUCUUUGAAAGUUGAAACGCUUCUAGCUUCUAAGUUAAGCAAUUAAAUUCAAGCACCAUACACAUAAAACGACACCGUAUCCAUCCCCUCAUUUAUAUAUAGAAUUAUUAUUAUUAUUACUUAUCUUAACAAUCUCAAUUCAGUUCUAAUUUCUGAACUGUCACUUACUCUCUCGGUUCGCGCAAGCAACGAACCACAUGGCGUGGUUGUCGGAAUUCGCCGCCUCCGUUAUCUUCGCCGUCAUUAUCGCCGGAGAUUCCUCCGCCUUCGGAUCCAGGGAUCUCCGACCUUCGGAUCACGGCCUCGUUUUCCAGUCCUCGCCGCCGGCGAACUCCUCGACGAUGAGAUCGUUCUUCAACGGAGCCGGUUCAUCUUCCGCCUCCUCGUCCUCGUCCUCGUCAUCAUCCUCUUCUUCUGAUUCUGACGUGUCGUCGUUCCCGGAGGCCACCAAUUUAACCGCUUCGCUCCCGCCACCGUGGUGGAGCCCGUCGCCAUCCUCUGGCGGGGGAGCACGGCGGUUGGGAGGGGCGUUGGUGGUGGCAAGUUUGGUAUGUGGUGUGACAGGUGUCGCGUUAUUAGUGGCUACAGGUUUGGUUUAUCUAUUUAAACACAGGAGAAGAAACAAGUUAAACUUAAACGAAUCGUUUAGAAGUGACGGUGUUGUUAAUAUUGGAAAUGACGAUAGUGACCUUUAUACUAACAGAAGUGCCAACAAACUGCAGUUAGUGCCGGUGCCAGUUGUGCGGAAUUCUUGAGUAUUAUUAUUUUCUUCUUUUUUUUUUUCCUCCUUUUAUUUCAUUGUGUUGAAAUUUCAAUUACAUUGUUGACUUGUUGGUUCUUUCUUCUUUUUUAUCUUUUUCGUCCCACGUAGUUAGUUACGUAAAUGGUCUACUUGCAUGUAAAGGUGCAGGCUAGCUGUGUAAAUUUGAUUAUGAAGAUGCUUUUUAAUUAAUGUUUUCAUUACUU